AGACAUUUUCCAUGCCACAUGGAUAUUAUCAACGGGGCCCAAAUCGCUCCCUCGAUCUUACGACCAAUUGCCCAGCACAGAGGAUCUUCCAAUAACCAUGGCCACUAUACCACAUAACGAUGCCAGUCUCAUUUUCAGCAGCCUCAUGAUGUUCAGGUACCGAUGCCAAGCCAUAGUAAGACCCUUCAAACCGAAUACCAAACCACGGUUCCGUCAACACAAAACCAUGGAUUCCAAGUCAGAGCGCGAUCAGAGCGCGAUCAAGCGUUACAAAAAGACAACCCAGCGUACCCAAAGCACGACCUGUAUACCACAAGCGGUAAACACGAACUUUCUUCACGCUCUACUCCACGAAUACAGCACUCGUACAUUCCACCGCCACCCGAAAUGGACUCCUUUACGCAGAGAACCGGGGACAAGUACGGCACCCAGGUCGUUACGCCUGCUUACACCUCCUAUGUCACCAUGAAGCCUGCCUCACCCAGUCCCCAACGCCCAACCACUCGCGAUGUGCAUAAACUCGAGGCCCAGGUCCUAGCACGCGAACAAUACGUACAAUUCGCAAGGAACAAGAUGCAGCUGCUCAACGAGAGGGAUCGAAUGCGAAAUGUCCAAGCCGAGAUCGAGAGAAAAUUUCAGGCGACUCACGCCUUUCGCCCGCGCGUGGCACCGAUGAUUCCUCCUGGGUUCACGGCCCAAGACCGAGAUGAUGAGGCUGCGAUUGCAAGAAGCUUCCACUCGACACGCACGUCUCACCCGCGCAUUGCACCAGUGAUUCAUCCUGGUUUCACAGCCCAGGAUCGAGAUGUCGAGGCCGCAAUGAGACGGAGGUUUUAUCAGUUCGCUGCGAUGAGAAAAGGCCGUCAUCAACUCCGAGAUUUCCCUCCAAUAGAGAGAGCCACUCUUCCGUCUGUACACCAGCGCUGCGACGUCCCAUCGUCAACACCAGCACAGAACCCGAAACCGGAUACUGAAAUAGAUCGACCCGUUAAUGGGGUGUUUCCUAGAAAUGGCAUAUACCCACUGCCAAAACUGCACACGGAAGCAGACCAACCUUUCAAUGGGAUCUAUCUCAAGAAUGGUAUGUACCCACUACCGCCGCCGGUCUGUAGACCAAGAAAGCUCUCGGGAUCUACAAAGCAAGCAGACAUGAUAGACGAGAAGAGCAAUGUAAGAAAAUCCCGAGUGCCAAAGUCAAACCAGAGCCCAUACUUGCCGAGGGUUAGGCCAAGGAAGACAGCAAUCGCGGAGCUAGCAAACAACGAAGACCAAGUGGAUGACGAAAAAUAUGAAAGUAUCAUGGCUUGGGUCAUGGAAAUAAAGGAAGCGAUGGAGCCCGAGGAGCAAGAGAACGUGGUAAACUGUUCCAUGUGCUAUCCGUACGAAUCAUGCGUCUGCCCUCCCCCGCUCAUGCCGGACAAUGAGGAUGAAGAUGACAAGGACGAGGACGAGACUAGCAGCCAAGUGUCUAUAGACACAGUUGUCCAUACGCCAGACAAGAACGUCAUCGGCCCCGACACCUUUCCGCCCGUUAGCCCUACCUGGAGACUGCCGGUUUGGUGA